AUGGAGGAAUCGGCUGAGAAGAGAGCAGGAUCUAAUGAACGUUCAUCAAAACCUUUUGUGGUAUUGGACGUUGAAGAAGGCGUUGUUGUAGAAUUAUCAGAUGUGGCUUUCGCCGAUGAUUUUGAAUUAUCAUCAUGA